AUGGAAAUUUCCAUGAAGCCGGCUCGGUGGUGGAGCUUUCGGGCGGGCGAAUGGCGUCAGGAGCAGCAGUACACCCCGGUCACCUCCUCGCAGGGAUCCUCCGGCCGCACCGCCGACCCCGGGAUACUGAUCCGGGAACUUGUCGAUGGUUGCGAGUUGGUGGUCAAGCUCCGCGACAGCGAGACCCGGGGCGAUUCCGCAGGCUAA